UCUAUGUCGCAAUGUUACUGUUUUUGGUGCACAAUGGAGUUUCUCAGCUUGCUAGUGCUAGCGCUAGCACUAUGGGUACCAGACACUCAAGCAGACAGCAACCUGGAUAUCCCAUAUCCCUACAAUUGUUCUACAAGAACCACUUGCUCAAGCCUGAGGUUAAAGCUCCCAGCUGAAAAUGAGGAAUUUAAUGCCCAGCUGGCUAAUACAUCCAGCUCCACGGUCUAUUUCGAUCUAAGUAACAAACGUGGCGAUCAGUUGAUGUUAUCGAUCAGCGGCGUGAAAAAUCAACGAUUCAGGAUAAUCGUUGAGGAGCACGACCAGCACAGAUACCAGUUGGAUUUGUCGCUGGAAAAGGAACCGGAGGCCAAACACUUGGAGGUGUCCACGUCCCUCGCGGAUCAAACUACUACGAUCACCGACGACGAAGGUAACAAAGUUAUCGUGAAAAAUACACCGUUGAUGAUUGAGUUUUAUCACAAUGACGUGUUGGAACAGGUUUUUGAUGGUAACAGGAUCAUUUUUGAGAAUACCGAAGAAAGCCAAGCUUUCACCUUUGCGGUGCAAUUUAACGGUGCCAAACGUAUGAUGGGCCUGCACGAACAUGCCGAUCAUCUGAACCUGAGACACACCGCUGAUUUCAGCAUCGACCCGUACAGACUGAGAAAUACCGACUACGGUACCACCGAGUACGUCCUAGAUACCACCAGGUCCAUGUACGGAUCUAUCCCGGUCAUUUACGGAUUCGGAAAUGUUACUUCGGGUAUUUUCCAUAACAAUGCAGCUGAACAGUGGAUCGAAAUCAACACCAAAACCAACACCGCUUACUUCAUGGUGGAUGGCGGCAGGUUGGAUCUUUUUGUAUUAAUGGGGCCCACGUUGACCGAAUCUGUGAGGCAGUACGUCGAUAUUACCGGAAGACCACAUUUGCCACAGCUUUGGGCCUUGGGUUAUCACCAAUGCCGCUGGGCCUACAAUACCACCGAAGAUGUCAUGGACACCAUCAACAACUUCGACCUCUAUGAUUUCCCUCUGGACGUUUUAUGGUUGGACAUCGAGUACACCUCGAGUCGUCAAUGGUUCACCUGGAACGCAACAGCUUUCCCCGAUCCGGUAAAACUAUUGAACUGGGUGGACGACCAAGGACACCGUAAACUUGUGCCCAUUUCCGAUCCGCACAUCAAAAUUGAUCAGCAGUACAAGAUUUACACUGAUAUGCUACAGGGGGCGAUGUUUGUAAACGAUUCGACUGGAAAUGAGCCCUUUGUGGGAGAGUGUUGGCCCGGUAAUACCAGUUGGGUGGAUUAUUUGAACCCGGAGGCGAGAGAUUAUUACGCCAAGUUGCAUUUGUACGAAAAUUUCCCGUCGACCCCAGCUUUGGGAGGAUUCUGGAAUGACAUGAAUGAGCCUACGUUGUUUGACAAUUUGUAUGAAAGGACUUUGCCUUUUGAUACUUUGCACUAUGGUGGUGUAAAGCAUAGGGACGUACAUAACAUUUAUGGAAUGCUUCAGACCAUGUCAACCCAUAAGGGUCUUAUGGCGAGAGACAAUGGUACCUUAAGGCCAUUCAUCUUGUCCCGCGCCUAUUUCGCCGGCUCGCAACGUUAUGCCAAUAAAUGGAGUGGCGACAAUUGGGGAUAUUUCGAGGAUCUGAGAUUCAGUGUACCUAUGGCUUUGACCUCAAAUUUGGUCGGUUUGGCAUUUUACGGUGCCGACAUUCCCGGAUUCUCUGGGAAUGCUACUGAGGAACUACUUAUAAGGUGGUAUGAGUUGGGUAUAUGGUUGCCAUUCUUCAGGGCCCACGCCGCCCUUGGAACUCCACGUCGUGAGCCCUUCCGAUUUGGAAACGAAACCCAGAAAAUUCUCAGGGAUCACAUGCACCUCCGUUAUAAGCACUUGCCUUACUGGUACACCCUGUUCUACGAGCAUGUGAGGACUGGCGAUCCGAUUGUAAAGCCCCUUCUGUACCAGUACCCUGAGGAUCCGGUUGGGUAUGAUUUGGAGGAUGAAUUUUUAGUUGGCAACGAUAUUUUGAUCGCUUCGGUUUACGAGUCGAACGCUACAUCUGUGAACGUGUACUUCCCAGGGGAAGAAGGUUGGAUUCAGAUCAAGGGGGCAAACCAAAGCUUCGCUCAAUAUUAUCCUGGGAAAACUUUUGCUGACAUCCCUGUCGAUAUUACUUAUUCUCCAAUCUUCUACAGAAGAGGAAGCAUCAUCAACAGGAAACCACGAGUACUAAGAUCUGUAGGUGAUAUCAAAAAUGAUCCCAUAGAACUUCACUGUGCCCUUGACGAUAAUAAAAUGUGUACUGCUACUUUGUAUGUGGACGACUACGAGAGCUUCAAAUAUGUCAACGAUAAAGAGUAUAUGUAUUUGAACAUCAGCUACGAUGCCAACUCGAACUACUUAACAACUGCUUUCAUUGAUGACAGCAAUCCAGGAACCUUAACAGUCAAUCUUGACUCAAUCGUCAUUUAUGAAAAAAAUGAUAAUAACGAAAUAUUGGUGAUGAAAUAUGACUCCGACCAUACUGGGGAGAAGCUUAGGAACAUCAAUUUCUUAAAGGAAGGCAAGAUUAAACUUGCCUAAUUAAAUAAUUAGGCAAAAGUAAUAAACUCAAGAGUAAUAAAUCUUAUUUAGUAAAAAAUGGUUUU